UAUUUCGCGACAUGUCAAACUUUAGUAAGCUACUCGAUGAAUUGCAAACUUAGCGAUUUUAGCAUAGUUAGCAGAAUUCAGACUUGAUUAUGACUUGAUGAGACGCACUAAUAUUUUGAAAAAUUGACUAUUUUAUUAAAAUUAGCGACAUUGCGACUGCCGUAUUCAAUAAUAUUAGAGCUAUGAGAGGAAAAGUUCUUAUUCAUAAUAAAAGAGCAUCAAAAGGAUCAAAAGUUUGACGACACGUACAGCCAAGCAUUGAAUUACAAAGCCCAGUAUGUCUGAAACUCUACAAGAGCGACAAGAAAAUGAAAUUGAAGCCCUCAAGGCAAUUUUUGCACCGUCCGAGUUUCGAGAUUUGCGGGAAGGUGAUGUGUGGAACACCACUCGCCCACCUGACAUCGUCCUGACGGUGACCCCUCAACAGGGAAGCAGUGGCCCAGCUGAGAUUUAUGCCCAAAUUGACUUGCAUGUUAUCUGUGACGAUAAAUACCCAGAAAAAGUCCCCAAGAUUAACUUGGAGCACAGUAAAGGCUUAUCCACUCAACACAUCAACCAAUUAUCAGAAGAACUUGUAUCGCUGGCAAAUGAAUUGGUUGGGGAAGUCAUGAUAUACGAACUAGCCCAGCAUGCUCAAAAAUUUUUGAUUGCCUUCAAUAAACCGCAGUAUCAAUCUUUCUACGAUGAAAUGCAAGCUAGGCAGGCCCAACAAGAAAAGCAGAAGCAGUUGUUGAGACAACAGGAGCAAGACAAGGAGAGGCAGAGCUUAAAGGAGCAUAUACAAAGAAAACAGCUAGCUCUUAAAGAAGAGGAGCGGCAAAGAAAAGAGAUCAUCCAGGAGAAAGAGACUGUGAUCAACAGCGGCAGCGCAGCUGUGAAUCAAUCUUUAAAAAGGCAAAGAGCUCAGAGUUCCUCUAGCAGUGGUGACCGGCUGACAUGCAACCAUCGAGGAACAAAACUAGUCAAAUUUUCUGAUCGUCAAAUACGAAUCGGCCAGUGUUUAGGUCAUAGCAACAGGGGCAAAAUUGUUUACGCAGGUCAGGACAUCGAUUCAGGGGAGCUUGUUGUCGUCUCUCAGUGGAAGGUGAAAUGUAUUACACCCAAACGCAAAGGGUCUCAAGACGAAAUUCACAGCUCAGAAUUUACAAACAUAAUGAAACAAAUUUCAUCAAUGGAACAAGAAAUGCACAUGCUUCAAAAGCUUAGCCAUCCUGGAAUUGUAAGGUACAGAGGUUUCACUUACGAACAAUUGAGCGAUCACAUGAUGAUAUCAAUACUUCAGGAAUUUGCAGAUGGAGUGAAUUUAGCAAUUUUUCUUCAAGAAUCAAUAUGUGUUGGAUUGGACUUGCUUCAUCACAUAGCUAAAAAUGCACUUGAAUCUCUGUCGUUUCUCCACAGAAAUAACAUUGUCCACCGAGACUUACGUCACUCCAGCAUAUACAUUUUGCAAAGUGGCGGUGUGACAAUAUCAAAUUACAGUCUGGACAGCAAAAUUGGAGAAUUUGUGCAAGGCACAGAAAGGGUAGAUUGUGGUCUUCCUCUAGCAAUGGGCCGUGGUGCCAAAAAAGGAGACGUCUUCCGAUUUGGCUGUUUACUGUUGUCUCUCUUCCAAGGAUCUCCUAUAACUGCAAUCUUGCCUGUUCCGCCGUCCAAUGCAUCCAAAGAGUUUCAGGAAUUUUUGCAAAAGUGCUUAGAUAGAAACGAGCAAGAUCGCUGGAGUGCAGAGCAGCUGUUGAACCAUCCUUAUGUUCACACCUAUUUAGAGAGGCAAAUCAGUCCCCUGCGCUCUGAUGCUAAGAACGGUCUAGAUGAUCUCUCUAGUGAAGCUGAAGGUGACACAAAAAUUGUUCUCCCCGACUAUUUUGGAAAGGGAUCCUCUCGAGUGCACACUGAAUUUGAAGUUCUCAAAUGGUUGGGCAAAGGUGCAUUUGGUGAUGUGCUCAAAGUUAAAAACAAAUUGGAUGCUCGAGUUUAUGCUCUGAAACGCAUAAAACUGAAUCCAAGGAACAAAACCUUGAUCAGAAGAAUCACAAGGGAAUGCAAACUACUCUCUAGACUCAAUCAUGAAAAUGUUGUGCGUUAUUACAACUCGUGGAUCGAAAGUGCAUUAGUAGCACCAAACGAUGAGCCUGACACAUCUUUAGCAAGCGCAACAACUGAGGUUGGGUUAGGGCAAACAACUGAAGAAAACGCAAAUUUGGAAAAAUCCAUUCUAGCCAAUGCAAGUGUAGAGUGGAGUGUCUCUUACGAGGCUAGGCCACAAUUUUACAAUUUUGGCUCUGAUUCAUCAAGCUCUGAUGAGGAUGAAGAUGCAGGGCCGUGGGCAGCUAUUUUUCCUCCUGACCAGUCGAGCAGUAUUGUAUUUGAAGGGGAGGUGCAAGAUGAAGAAUUGGAAGACCAAGUAGAUUCUCAAGCCAGUGGAAGCCGGCAAGAACAUGAGCCUAAAGAAAUUCAAUUCCUCUACAUUCAGAUGGAAUUUUGUGAGAAAAGCACACUAAGGAAUGCCAUUGAUAGUGGAGAACUUUACUCAGACGAGCAGAGAGUUUGGCGCCUGUUUCGAGAAAUCGUUGAGGGCUUGGCUCACAUUCAUCAGCAAGGAAUGAUUCAUAGAGAUCUGAAGCCAGUAAAUGUGUUCUUAGACAUACAAGACCAUGUUAAAAUUGGAGAUUUUGGAUUGGCAACUUCAAAAUCAUCAGCGCCUAUUGGAAAAGAGCACCUCUCCUUAGUGAGCCCAGAAAUAAGCUCAAAAGAUUUCCAGGACGACGGUGGCGCUCUAACUGGUCACGUCGGCACUGCCCUUUACUCUGCACCCGAAUUAAACACAAUUGCAGGGCAAGUUGUCUUCUAUAAUCAGAAAGUCGACAUUUACAGCCUUGGGAUAAUUUUCUUUGAAAUGUGCCAUGCGCCUCUGGGAACAACAAUGGAAAGAGUGAAAGUCCUUGUUGCUCUACGACAGCAGGAUAUCAAUUUGCCGGCUGAUUUCUCAAAAGAAGAACACCCUCAGCAAGUCCAUGUCAUCAAGUGGCUGCUCAAUCAUGAUCCGAGCAAACGGCCGUCGGCUCAAGAACUGCUAAAAGCGGAAUGUCUUUUGCCUCUGCAGCAUGAGGAUGUUGCGCUUCAAGAGAUACUGACCAACGCGUUUGAAAACACGCAGAGCAAAGUUUACAAACAUUUAGUCAGCUCCUUCAUGGCACAGGAGGUUCCCCAAGCGGAAGAUCUAACUUUUGACAUGGGAAUGAGCAAAAGUCUUGCAGUCCCAAGAGCUAUGAGUGCCGUUAGACCUAUGAUUGAGAAAAUUUUUCUCAAGCAUGGAGCUGUACGACUCUCGUCCCCAAUGCUUAUUCCAAAAAGCAGCACUUCAACCCGUGUGAAGGAAACAAGCACAACUGUAACUAUGAUGACUCACUCUGGAUCGGUUGUGACUCUCCCUCAUGACCUCCGUGUCCCAUUUGCAAGAUUUGUGGCCUGGAGUGGUAUCACAACUUCUCUUAAAAGAUACACCAUCGAAAAGGUGUUUCGUGAAAGAAGAGUGUUUGGUGUCCAUCCUCGAGAGCUUUACGAAUGUGCAUUUGACAUAGUUUCACCAAAUUUAACAGGUUUUCAGCUGGCUGAAGCAGAGCUGUUAGCAAUUCUUUCAGAAAUUGUGAGUGAAUUCAAUGAGGACAUUCAGGGCGCAGUUAUUAGACUCAAUCACACCUCUUUGGUAAAAGCUGUGCUUUUAAAUAGCGGAAUCGACGAGGAAAAACAUGACGAGUACAUAAGCAUGAUACACGAGUUAAAGGAUUCUAACAAACCAAACGCAAAAUUGCAAAAUUUAUCACAUCAUUCCAUGGAAAACUUAACUACGGUGCUCAAGGCAGAAGCGCCACUUAGUCAAAUGCACAAUUUGAAAGCACUUGCUAAAGGUCGUGGUACUACUGCUAAUCUGGCUAAGGAAGGCUUAAAAUAUUUGGAAUCGGUCAUCAGUGCUGCCGAACUUUUGGGCGUAAAGUGUCCUAUGAUUGUCUCACCUGGACUGGUGCUUGAUCCGAAUCGCUACAGUGGAUUCAUUUGCCAACUCUGCUGCGAGAACCCGACUUCUCACCAUCGUAGACAAAGAGACGUCAUAGCAGUUGGCGGGAACUAUUCGCACCUUCUCUCCAAAUACAGGGAUGUCUUAGAAAAUGCCCAAUCAGUACGAAUGGUGCCUAUUGGUGGCUCUGGGAUAUCAGUGUCACUUGAAAGACUGGCAGCUAUCCUGCAGCAACAGUGUUCCGACCCUUUGAUUCUCAGCCAGGCCGACACAGUGAUUAGCUCGCUGGGUUCGAAAGUCUUGCAGAGAGAGGCGCCAAAGCUCGCACGAGAGCUAUGGGCUGCUGGCGUGAAAACCCAUCUUGUACAACAUGUGCAAGGAAUAGAGGAAGCUGAAGCGUUGGUAAAAGAACUGGGUGCCUUGUAUUUGGUUUUGCUCAAAGAUUCAGAGCCCAAUAUCACAAGGAUCAGAACAUGGGACAAGGACAGAUUUCAAGAUAAAAAGGUAGAUCUGGCGGAUGUAACAGGAUGGCUCACUCGCAAAUAUAACAGCAGUGAGGAGGCGCCGGACACGAAUGUCGUGAGCAAUUACGCAAACCAGUCGUCUGCCUCAAUGAACGUCGGAAUCAAUGCUGGCUUCAAUUUUCACUUCGCAACUAAUGAGAAAUUGGCACACAACACCCGACGUCGCUACGAGGGUUUGAUUGCUGGGCAUUUGGCACACCUGGUUAAAUUUUUAAGUCCAAAGUCUGUGGUCGAAGUAGUGGCAGUGAGCGUCGAAGGAAACAUUGUCAAAUCCUUGGCUGCUAAUUUGGAAAUAAAUGGCAGCGAAGACGAGUUUAAUGCGAGUAUUUCAGCUGUUGUAGAGAAGUACGGAAAGCAUCGAAAGUACUUGGCCCAAGUUUGUGACAAGCUGUUUGAAAUCAAAUUUGAGAAGAAGUUAUAUGGUAUAGUGUUGUACAGCCUCGCAGACAAUGUAUACAGAACAUUAUUUUAAUACAAUAUUUUUGUAAAACAUGUCUAAUUUGUGAUAAGAGGAGUUAUUCAACUUUUUUGAUAAAUUUUGAAUAAAAUAGCUUUCAAAUCAAUUCAGA